AUGGACUUGAACGAGUGGAAUGGUGAUAGCCAUCACUCGAUGGAGGACUCCGCCAUGGAUGUUGAUGCCAGCGAAGAUGAAGAUCAACAGGAGACUACCAAAUAUCGUUUAGCCAAGAGAGAUUCCACUCAUGUGCUUGUUUCCAUGCUUGUGGUAAUGACUAUGAUUGCCGUAACUGCGGCUGUGGUGAUUUCCUCAACAUUUGCAUUUCUUUCGCAUGCUGAAAAGGAAGAUUUCCGACACGGAUUCACGCAACAUGCCUCAGUCAUUUCUGAAUCUUCCUCCUUCCAUGCAAUGCAAGUUGUGGAAUCCUUGGAGGCAAUGUCAAGUGCAAUUACAAGUUUCACGACAUUCACUGGAGAUAAGCUGGGCUAUCAGUGGCCUUGCACAACUAUCCCAGACUUUGAAAUGAGAGGCCUUAGGGCCGGGAAAUCAGCCUAUCUUGAGAUGAUUGGAUUUUCCCCGGUUGUAGGAAGCCAAGAUGUUGAGAAAUGGGAGGCAUACAGCACUGCCCCAAACAUGACUGGUUGGUUGCAAGAAGGCAAAGAGAACACUCCUGUGGAUGUUUCCCCCCAGAUCUAUGAUGCCCCAGAUACUGGUACUGCUGAUCAUUCAUCACACACAAUCCCGUUUCUACCGGCAUGGCAAAUGUCACCCCUUCCCAGUGAUGCAUCCUUGAUCAACUUCAACCUGCUAUCUGAAGGAUUGUAUCGUGAGACCUUUCAGGAGAUGCAAACAAACAAACAUGCAACCAUAUCGAAAGUCUAUCGGGAUAGUAUUGUGGUUCGCAAGUACUUCGACCUUGCUAGCCAUAAUGAACAUCACCGCCAUCAUGCCACCCACCUGGGACAGGCUGCUACCAGUGGCCAAACAGUGGGCCAAUAUGGUGAUGCAAAGUUGGUACUACCUUCCCCAGCCACCUCCCAUGAGCAUAACAACCAAGUGGCAGACAAUGGGGACAGCCAACUGGAGCACGAGAUGAAUGCCACAUUGGCCACCACCGAAGACAUGUCAUCUUCGCAUAUGGAUGAAUUGCAUCCUGGACAUAGAAGGCUGAACGAAAGUAUCAGCCACGAUGAUCAUUCUCAUCAUGACAUGGACAGCAAUGGCCAUAAUGACAUGAUGACCUCAUCCUCUCCUCUCUCCAACCUCUCUUGGUCAAUGACUAGACCGCAUUCCCUUGUCAUGGCUCCAAUCUAUGACUCAUUUGACAAGCACAACAGAAUCUUAGCAGGUGUCUUGCAUGGUAUCCUGGCAUGGGAGUUCUACCUUACUGACCUUCUGCCAUCAGGAGUUACUGGGAUUAUAGUUGUCCUCCAAAAUACAUGUGCACAGUCCAGUUCAUUUGAACUAAUAGGACCUCAUGCUGAGUUCCUUGGUGAUGGUGACCUGCAUGACCCAGACUAUGAGGAUAUGGUCCAAGUGGUGGAUUUUGGAUCUAUCUUUCUACCAGAGCAAGGAUCUGCCGUGGCCAACCAGUGCCUCUACAGUCUAGCCAUUUACCCUUCCAAGGCUUUUGAAGAAACCUACUCUUCCAACAGCACAGCACAGUUUGUGGGGCUUCUUGCUGGCAUCUUUGCAGCCUUGGGUGCCUUCUUCUUCGUCUUUGUUUGGUUUGUUCAGAGACGACAGCAAAAGGUCAUGACAGUUGCUACCAGGACUACUGCUAUUGUGUCACAGCUGUUCCCUGAUGCCGUGCGUGAUCGGAUUAUGGAGCAAGCUGAAUCACAGGCUCAGAGAGAAAUGGAGGAAGGAAGGAAAGGAAGCUCUGCUGAUGACCCGUCCAAUUUGAAAAGUCUUUUGAACUCAGGCGCUAAGGACUAUGGCGCACCUAGCACCACACAGAUGACCACUGUAAAUGCUGAUUCAGCCACCAUGAGGAAAGAGCAGCUUGCUGGUGGGAUCAAGAUCUUGGAGGAUGCUCCCAUUGCUGAUCACUACCCUGAAACAACUGUCUUCUUUGGUGAUCUAGUGGGCUUUACCAAGUGGAGUGGCAGUCGCACUCCACAUGAUGUGUUCGUCCUUUUGGAGACUUUGUAUGGUGAAUUUGAUGUAAUUGCUAGGAGGAGAUGUGUCUUCAAAGUGGAAACAGUGGGGGACUGUUAUGUUGGUGUGGUGGGCCUACCCAAGCCCAGAAGAGACCAUGCUGUGGUUGCAACUCGCUUUGCUUGGGAUUGCCUGAGAAAAAGCAGCUUAGUAUUCAAUGCAUUGGCAGAAACGUUGGGUCCAGAUACCAGAGAUCUGGUUGUGAGGAUUGGGUUGCAUUCAGGUCCAGUCACUGCUGGGGUUCUUCGUGGAGAGAAAGGCCGGUUCCAGUUGUUUGGAGAUACAGUCAAUACUGCAUCUAGAAUGGAAAGCAAUGGGCGGCCAGGGUCGAUCCAAUGCUCCCACGACACUUGUCAGCUGCUUGUCAAAGCUGGCAAGUCUGAUUGGAUCACAAAGCGCUCCAACAAGGUUGUGGCCAAAGGCAAAGGUGAAAUGACAACCUAUUGGCUGGCUGUCAAAAACUCAAGUGGUAGCCACCACAGUGGUGCCACAGGACAAUCCUCUGAGCUCACAACAAGCACCUCUGAUGAGCUACCUGUACCGGUGCCAUGUUUGCUACCAGAUGAAAACAGUAGCAUGAAAAUAGCCGAGUGUUAG